CUGACAGCGGAUCAAUAAUCCGCCGCUAGCAGUUGUAGCGGGCGGCCCAAGCGUAAUAGCGGUGGUGGUGUCUGCUGUUAUUGCUGACAGGAGACGGCAAGAGCCAUGAGGAUUCCAGGCACCGUCCUCCACUUGCUUCUCGUGCAGCUCAGCUCCUCUCACAUCAUGCACUGGACAUACAAAGAAGGAGAGCUGGAUGAGGAGCACUGGGGAAGACACUUUGCCGACUGUGCUGGCAAGCACCAAUCCCCCAUUGAUAUUCAGAAGAGGAAGGUAAGGUACAACCCACACUUGAUGCAGCUGGAGCUCAGUGGUUACAACGGACCCUUGCAAGGGAAUUUCACCAUGACCAACAACGGGCACUCCGUCCAGAUUGAUUUGCCGCCCACCAUGCGCAUCACCAAAGGACUCCCAGGCCGCUUCACUGCUGUCCAGAUGCACCUUCACUGGGGCGGGCUGGACCUGGAGACCAGUGGUUCUGAACACACCAUAGACGGAAUGAGAUACUUUGCAGAGCUGCACAUUGUCCAUUACAACUCUGGCAACUACUCAAGUUUUGAAGAAGCAAAAGACAAGCCGAACGGGCUGGCUGUGCUCGCUUUCCUAUACGUGGACGGACAUUUUGAGAACACCUACUACAGCAAAUUCAUUUCCAACCUGGCCAAAAUCAGAUAUGCAGGGCAAUCCAUGAGGCUCACAUCACUGGACGUCCGGGGCAUGCUGCCGGAAAAUCUCUCGCACUUCUACAGGUACCCAGGCUCACUGACUACACCGCCAUGCUCUGAGAGCGUCAUCUGGACCGUCUUUGAUUCUCCCAUCAUCUUGUCACCCACACAGAUUAAGCUGCUGGAGAACACCUUGCUGGACUGGCAAAACAACACCCUGCGAAACGACUACCGGCACGCACAGCCCCUCAACGACAGAGUGGUGGAAUCCUCCUUCAAAGCUAAAGUGGAGCCAGAACUGUGUCACCCAGAAGACCUCACCUUGAAACUGGAGCAAAUACAGGCUCUGCUCCAGGACGUGAAGAAACAUCUGUUGGGGGGAGUGCACCUGACAGGUGCUCAAUCUAGCGCUUUCCCAGCGUUCUUCUUCCCUGCUGACAACAUCGAGAGCUACGUGAAUAUCCGGCCCCUCCGUGCCAUGGUGCUGCAGUCCUUCACCCUGUGCUUCUGGAUCCAAACCCAGAACCGUGGGAGUCAGACGGUUCUCUCCUAUUCCACCCCAGAGAGAGACAAUGAGCUGGUGGUGACCGUGGGGUCAGACGUGGGGCUGUGGGUUGGGGGCCAUUUUAUUAACUUCUUCCUGCACCAUAGGUCUGAGGAGUGGCUCCACUACUGUGUAUCCUGGACAUCCCACUCUGGGACAGCAGAUCUGUGGAUUAAUGGAGCAGUAGGGAGGGAGAAGAGUAUCCAGAAGGGGUACGCGACCCAGGCUGGAGGGACCCUUGUCCUCGGGAAGGACAGAGACAAUCUUCUUGGGAUCUUCUCCAACAGGUUCAUAGGCCGGAUGAGCCAUGUGAACCUCUGGAACAAGGUUCUUAGUCACGCCGACGUUCGAGCACUUGCUCUAUGCAAACGCAAUGAGCUGAGAGGAGACGUCAUCGGAUGGGGGGAGACCCCCAUGAGUGUCUCAGGAGGAGUGGUGCUGGAGACAGAUUCCAGUUGCCAUUGAUCCUCUUCUCAAGUGCCUGGUUGAGGUGGUACCGGCUUCGUGAAAACAGGGGAAGCACAGUGUAUUACUUUUCUCGAAUCACUGGUGGUUGUACCUCCUGCUUUUAGCUUCAUGAAACACUUGUCAUAGUGCUUCGCUUUGCUUUCUGCAAGGGCAAGGCAGGGGUUAAAGCCUCUGUUAUUGGGGUGCUGGUGGGGAAACCAGAUGUGAAGAAAUCCGUGCAGUCUAGUGUCACACGCCAUAGACAGGCACACGCUUCAAGCACGCGGCAUUUCAGAGCACUUCAAAUUCAGUGCUGUGUAGGCAUGCGCCCCUUACCCUUGACGCACUUUAAAAUGGCCACGAACACAUGAAACAGUGCAGCCCUCCAGCCAGGGGGCCAGAGAGCAGGCAUCCCUGCACACGCCUCUGGGCUGCAGCAGUUCCUGCGGACAGGAGAGUGCUCGCCGGCUGUCCACCUUGCUCCUCCCUGUCUCCCACAGUGCUGGCUUGUUGGGAGUGGUGCACUGGGGGAUGCUGGAGGACCACUGAGCCACGUAGACAUUUCAGGAUGCACUUUGGCCAUUUUUGAAAUGCUUCUGCAAGCACGCACAUCAUCACCCUUGGUUUUUGGAGUACUUUGGAGCACUUCAAACGUCACACCUGUCCAGGAGCACGUACCAGGAGUAUGACUUGACUAAAGUCCCUCUGGCCUCUGGAAGAAAAAGACACUGCCCCACGGCAGCUUCAUACGUGGCAUCAUCCUGUGUUCAUGAGUUAGGACCCCUUUUGCUGUGUGCACUGCUUAUUUUUCCCCUCCUUCCUUGUUACCUGCAUUCAGCUGCCUCUUCUCUCCGCUCCCAGCACCCUUGUGCAGGGUAUCCACCUGCCUUGUGUCUAGAACUGACCCACUCUUUCUGCAUUGAUGUCUUCACGGGGAUUAAACACUCCUUCCUCUUCACACCUACAGAGUCAUGUCAUUCCACCUCUUCGCCAUCAAAUCCUCUCUCUGCCCCAUCCUUUCCUACCUGCCCUCGGCACUGGCUAAUGGGUCAAGCCAGAUUAUAUCCUCGAGGAAGGACUCUUUGAAAUGGUGUCAAAGACCUGCUGGGACAGAGGCGGCAUAGGGGCUCUUCGCCCUAGUUUAUUGCCCAUUCCUCUGAAAGGAAAUCAGUGACAAAAAGGAAAACUGAGCAGUCAGAGAGCAUUGCAGAGACCUGAAUCACUGGCUGCUGUGUUGAAACAAAUCCACAGGCUCCUAGAAAUGUCAGGGCCCUCUUGUGGCCAUUGUGCAUUGCAAAGGCAGACACAGGACUCCGAUUCUCCUUCCCUAGCUAUAUAAGAGCACUUAGGCUAAAGGCCUGUCUCCACCUGCAAGCCCGUGAGAGCUGCUGCUGAUCAGCUGUUUCUUUCCAGCAGAUGGCAGCAACACGCACGCUUCACCUCUGAAUGGCGCUUGCUAGCGAUGGGUAGCAAGGGCAAGCUUUCAGUUUUGCACGACAACUUCCAAACGUGCGAUAACCGGCUGUGCAAAACCUAGUUUAGCAAACGUGCUAAAAAGCUCCCAUCAUUCUGCCCUGCCCCUGUUCUGCGAGCCGACGCUCUGCUGCGCUCAGACAAGCUGAUGCCAUGCAGAGACAAGGCUGUAUCUGUUCCUUGGGAGCUCCCAAGCUGGAAGCAGCGCGGCUGCAUUAGUGCGGCACUGUGCGUGCACCUGAAAACCCUGUACAGAAGUCCAGAUGGGCAUGACUUAUACUAGGCUGGUACUUGGGGGGGGGGGUUCUGGGAGAAGAGCUUUUUGUGCCCUCAAGCAGAAGGGUUUUAAAAUGAAGGAACCAGCCACCUCCCCCUGGCUGAGUGCUGUGCCCUUGCUAGCUUUCCCUGCACACUCAAGCACAGUGCUGGUAUGGGGAGCUGCUCAGGGUGGGCUGACUGGGUACGGAGGAUCCAUAUGUCACAUUGAGCCUUGCAGCGCGUGCGAAGGGGUGACUACUAGGGACUGCCUCUGCCUAUUUGCCUUGCCUCUUGAAUGCUACUGCCAGCUGGACGGUCCAGUCUGUCACACCAACAUCCUAGGCCUGUCACGACUCCUUAGCUGAAUGACGCUGCUGUAUCCCAUGCAUGUGAAAUACAUGUGCCCAUAAAUUCAGUGCAUGGAUUUG